UUAGGAAGAGCAGCAGCGCUGAGAGCGCUGAGAGCAGAUGAGGAACUGAAGGUACGAGCACGAGCGAUGCAGCGAAGAGAUUUUGCUGGCAGCAUGAUGGGCGUCGGUCAGUAAGAAGUGGAAGAGCACCCACCGGGUUUGUUUUCACCGCGGCCGGGUACUUUCAGGAAGUGAAUCCUGGACUUGCCCCGGACCUUGGCACGGGGCUCAAGAAUGUCACGUGACCAUUGGAAAUAGAAUUUUUUGCAGCCAACUGCUCUGCAGGAGCCCGCAGGUCGAGCCUAUCGUCAUGAACGGCUACCACCAGUAUCCCAAGGACGUCAGCGCCAUGCAGUUCAAUAAUGGUCACGUCAAUGGCUUCAACACUAAUAGUUUUCCUUCCUCCAGUUCGAAUCCGUAUCCCGAUUUUCAGUCAUCGGCAGCGUCCAACCAAUACGCGAAUAAUAUGGACAUGAGGCAGUCGCUGUCGCAGUCCGGCCCCGGAAUGGCCAACCAGAACCAGUGGCCUCUAUACUCACAGAAUUCGAUGACCCCAACCCAGAUGCACAACCCGCCACCGCCUCAGCAGCAAUUCAACUUGCCGUGGUCGGGCCAAAUGCAGAACCAGUCCUUUACGAACGGUGCCGGAAGCAUGGGAAUGGGAAUGAGUGGUUUUAAUGUGUCUUUCCUUCCCCAACAGGUCCUUCAUGAUGCAGUUGCCAACUCUGCACCUGUUCAAAAGGCAGAUGAAGACUUGCUCUACAGGGCGUUGAUUUCGUGUCAUUCCAAGAACGGGUCGUACAAGGAUGCACUGAACAGUCUUCACGGGAGAAAUGGCCACUCUGCGAGUCUGUGGAAGGACUACUAUCUUGACCAUAAAUUUCGCAUAGACCGCGAUAUCAGCGCGUACAUCAACUCUCACAACCCCCAGAUGAACUACCAGCGUCCCCAAGUCAAAGUCGUCACUGCAAAGAAACCUUCGAUGGACAGCUUCAAGGUCGAAUCGUCGCCCGUAGCAUCGUCCUCAACCCUACCCCAUCCUAAUGUGCAACAAGGUCGACAACAAAGCCGACAGCGUAAAUCAAGUACGCCUGUCUCUGCGACGUCCACAGUUCCUACAGUUGGUCGUCGCAGCACCAUUAAUAGUCUCACAACGCACACUGCCGUCUUUGACCGACAUCUACCUCCUCCUCACGCGGAUCUCAAGAUUCCUGAUCCUCCGUCUCGCUCUCCCACUCCUCCCACUAAGGUUGUUCCUCAAGGCCGUGGAAAUAAAUUCACGCCCGAGGAUAAAGACUUUUUCCUUAAGUUCAUUCUACGACGACUCAAAGAAGAUCCGAGCUUAUCACGCAACGAUCUAUGUGAAUUGCUGGCGGAAAAGGCUUCUCACCAUAGCAGCCAGUCUUGGUAUUCAUACUGGUCAAACAAUCAUGAUAUGCCAGACAAAAUCCUUGCCGCUGCUCGAGGUGACGAGCUUACUGAUGAAGAGGAAUCUGAAGAGGAGAAGAAGCCUUCAACUCGACCUCGUCCUAAAUAUCGCGACUUGACUACGUCAGAAGAGGAGGAGGAGGAGGAGGAAGAGGAAGAAGAAGAGGAAGAGGAUGCAGAGGGUGACGACGAUCUCGAAGAAGAAAACGAUGACGAUCUCGUGAUACCGCCUUUCGACGAAAGCUCGAUGGGACCAAAGGGUGGCCCAUUUACUGAAGCAGACCUCGCUAUUACUGCAAGACACAUUGCCACGUUUGCUAAUUUUGGUGCAGCAAGUUUCCAAGAAAAAUGGGUGCCUUUCGGUGAAAAGUAUACGCAAAGGUCGCCAAAAGCAUGGGCCGAAUAUUAUCGCCGAAAUGAGAAAGCUCUUGAGAGGCUCGCUCGGAAAAUUCGAAGGCAAAACGAAACGAAUGGACAAUCUAGCAGCCAGACGGCUGGCAAGCGCAAGCUCAAUUCCCAAGAUGACGAUGGGUUUGCUGAGCGCUCAAAGCACGCUAAGAUCGAAUCUUGACUUUAUGGUUUCUCUUCUCUCUGUGGCUUGUGGGCCAGUAUUUUUGCUUUGGACGUUGUAAUUCAUCCUAGUUGCUUUUUUGAUUGCUUUGACGCUUACCUUCAGGUUGUCACGUUGUAUUACGGAGGCUUGGACCUUCCACUGUACAGUAUAACAAUUAAAUUAUAGCACUUACUAUUGACGCCAUACUUCUAUCCGUUUUCUUUCAAUGUACAUAUGGUCGGUGAAUACUAUGUGUUAAUAUUGUCGGGCCUCGCCACGUUGCAUC